AUGACCACUGACAAAUGUGUCGCGCUGCUUUCUAUUAUUUGCGUGAUUCUUUCCAUUGAGGCAUACUGUUUCAAAACUUCUCCCUCCUAUACCGUUCCGUCUUUGCAAAUUUCCACUGGACCGUAUUACAAUAUCUCACUGAAUUCCUCAUUUCUUUCAUACCCAGGUCCUGUGUCGCAGGACUUCAGUGUCGUUUCCACGGAUCCACCCAGUUUUAUCUACCAUUCAUCAUUUCUUUACAUUGACUUGGUUUGUAAUGUAUGGUUUCUCAUUGAAUUCCUCAUUCGAUUGAUUGUAACAGACUCCAUAAUCAGAUUUCUCCGAUCCCCCUUAAAUCUUAUUGAAAUAGCUGCAGUAAUCAGCUUCUACACCGAAAUGUUUGUCUUAGUCGCUUUCCAACAGUAUCCUCAUCCACCUCCCGCCUUCGCAAAAUGCGCGUUAGAAUUGUUCAGCAUUGUUAGAGUCAUGCGGUUGUUUAAACUCACUCGCUAUAUCUCCGGACUGAAAAUACUUAUUCUCACAUUCAAAGCAAGUGCAAAGGAGUUAUCACUGUUGGUGUUUUUUCUCAUGGUGUUCAUUGUCCUCUUUGCGGCGCUGGUCUUCUACGCGGAGAGAUUCUCACCCUCGCCAAAAAAUGACUUCACCUCGAUUCCCAUUGGUCUCUGGUGGGCAAUCGUUACUAUGACCACAGUGGGGUAUGGUGACAUGGCACCAAAGUCCUAUGCAGGUAAAACGUUUUACUCGAUUAAUAAGACGCCAGGGCUGGAGAAAGUGCCUUCAUGUUCAAAAUUAAUGCAACCUAUUUCGAAAAUAAUGAAUAUAAAUAUUUUUAAAUAA